AUGACGCCACCACGAGGCGCCUCCAUCACGCCAUCGGAUCCUUCGUACCUCUCUCAAACUCUGCUGCUUCUUGCGGUGCAAACGGGGGUGUUGAGUGCGAUCCUUGCACGUCCGCACGAUGACACGCGUCUGAUACUCAUCCGCACCCUCGUCGUCUCGGUGCUCAGCGGCGGGACAUUUGGGUUGCUGCAACAGCGGUAUAUGACGUUACAGCGAGCGUGUGCGUUGCGUCUUUCACGCAUGCACGAGGCGUAUACCGUCGCUACAUCUCGCGCGGUGGUUCUGACCGCUUCGGGGAUGACUACGAUCUCGACGCUGCUGCUUGUCACAUCGCUAGUCUCACACCUGCCACUCGUGCAUGUCCGUCUCGCACCCCAAUCGAGCUUGAUGCAAGUCACAGCGCCACUAGGAUGGUGGGCGGCAGCGAUGAAUGUUACCAUCUGCAUCGCCUGCAUCGCCAUGGCUACCACACAAGAUCCAAUCACCUUCACCUUUGAGCCAGAAGUCGCCAAAGACAGCAUCCCAUUAGCGGGCUUUUCGGUGGAUGGCGAGUGGGCCAAGAUCGCAAGCACGUCCAGAAGACACGAUGUCUACAUCCGACAGCCAAACGCAAGCAAGACGUUCGAGAUGACAACCCGUCUAGCGUCCAAUCAUCCACUCUACAAUCCCGAGCGCGACACGACUUCAUCCGGCCCCACGCUGCACAUCACACUGUAA